UGCAGGAACAACAUUUUGGAAGAUAUCCUACAGGAAAAGAUACUUAUUUCGGGAUAUUUUGCUAUAUUGUUAGUUCUUCCAAACCAGAAGGAAAGUGCAGCCAUGGAGGUUUUUGGGAUGAAACACGCAAGACUGAACCUAAAGGUGGGAUCAACAAAGACAAAGUUGGCUCCGACCAUGGACACCUCCACAUGACAGCAGCAAAUAUGGCUAUAGCUGCCACCAGUGAGCUACUGGAGGACAUUCGGGGGGCUGCUGGGGACAAAACCUUCCUCCAGUUGAUGGGAAUCAACAAAGGAUCCAGUAAAGCUCUUUUCUUUGUAAUCGACACGACAGGAGGCAUGAGCGAUGACAUCGAUGCAGUGCGGGCCGUCACUUCCUCUAUAAUCGACAGUAAAGUGGGAACAAAAGAUGAGCCCUCACUCUACAUUCUUGUUCCUUUCAACGAUCCAGAUUUUGGGCCACUGCUGAAGACUACAGACCCAAAUGUCUUCAAGAAUGCGAUUGAUUCACUAAGAGCAGAUGGAGGAGGAGAUAGUCCAGAGAUGAGUCUUUCAGGGCUUCAGCUGGCUUUAGCUGGUGCUCCUCCUGAGUCUGAGAUCUUCCUCUUCACGGAUGCUCCUGCUAAAGACACACACCUGAAAAGCACAGUGAUCGCACUCAUAGAGCGCACCAAGUCUGUGGUGAACUUCAUGAUAACUGCCGCACUGCGAUCCCGUCGGCGAAGACAGGUCGGUGACAGCGAGCAGCAGCAGAGUCGGAUGGGGGUCUCAGACGCCACGCUGUACAGAGACCUGGCUCAGGUGUCAGGGGGUCUGGCUAUAGAAGUGACCAAGGCUGAGCUCCCUGCGGCCACCAGCAUCAUCACACAGUCCUCCACCUCCUCUCUAGUGACUCUUCUGCAAGCAAACAGAAAUCCAGGGAAGGCAGACCAUUUCACUUUCUCAGUUGAUGAGUCAGUACGAAACAUCACAGUUUACACCACUGGGACCUCCACCACCUUUACUCUCACAAAUCCCUCAGGUGUGUCUCAGGAAAGCACCAACAACAGAGGACCGUUGAUCACUGCCUCCCAGUCAGUGGGAAACUUCCAGACUCUGCAGCUAAAAGCUGAAACUGGACUUUGGGAAAUACAAUUUGUGUCAACAAAUCCAUACAUUCUGAAGGUUGUAGGUGUGAGUGCCAUUGACUUCCUGUUUGACUUUUUGGAGGUAUCGCAGGGUCCACUUGGAGGUCUUGAGAUUAUAGACAAUCGUCCGAGAGCUGGUGUCAAUGGUAGCCUCCUGGUGACAGUAACAGGGAGCGACACCGCCACGGUGACAGAAGUCCUUUUGGUCGAAUCGUCCGGGUUAAGGCAGGUUAUUGGCAGCGUGGAGGCUAAGGGUGGAGGAAACUACUUGGCUCGGUUCGACAGGAUACCAGCAGAGGAGUUUGUGGUGCUGGUGAAGGGGCAGAACAACAAUGAUUCCUCCAGAGCGACGUCAGUGAACUUCCAGAGGCAGUCCACCACCAGCAUCAGAGCCUCUACUGUCAGCGUUAGAUCUCCUGAUACAGCUGGUGUCUUGGAACCAGGAACGCCUCUUUCUGUUUCCUUCUCUGUGGCGACAAGCGGUGCAGGAGGAACCUUCAGUAUCCAAGCCACGAACGACCAAAAUUUCGAUUCAUCUUUUCCGUCCAGUUUAAUCGUGGAAACUGGAAGCACUGCUAACGGGGCAGUGGACAUCACGGCCCCCUCCAACACCCCCUCUGGCACUGACGUUACUCUGACCAUCGAGGCCGAGGCUCCAGGAGGCACCGACGCCAAUUAUGUUGUGCUGCGUUUCACCGUCCUCACACCGGUGACUGAUUUCGCUCCGCCGGUGUGUCAGAAAGUCAGCCUGCAGUCCAACUGCUCUGAUUCCUGCAGCUCGUCGAUGUGGGAGCUCUCUGUCCAGGUGACUGAUGAGGACGGAGGGUCAGGUGUUGACCGCGUUAGUCUCAGACAGGGCAACGGGACUUUGAACACCAGCCUCGCUGCUGGAAACAUAACGAUGGUUUCAUACGAUGCUUCUUGCUGUUCGCCGGAUGUGGAGCUCGUGGUUGUGGAUGAAGUGGGUAAUGUGGCAACCUGUUUCUACAGCUUCCAAAGAGCUGUGUCUUUGUCCUCCAGAGCUGUGCCCUCUUUCCUGCUUUUCUUUUGCAUCACCAUCCUGGGGCUUAAUUUGCCAUUUUAAAUGGGGAUCAACUGAUCAUUAACUUGUUUCGAGGGGGCAGGGUCU